AAAAUACCUAGGGGAAGAGAAGUAACGUUCCAACGUAUUAGUAGCCCAAGGUGUUUGACAUAAGAGUAGUCAAAAGUGGUCCCCUUUAUGUUUUCAGGGAUAGAUGGAUCUUACAUUUUAAGCACAAGGGAAUGCUCAAUUUGAACUGUUCUCACAUAAAUAUUGCUUCGAGGAAAAAUUACAAGCAUCCUCGGCUUAACAACAACGAGAAGUGUCUUCUAUUCAUCAAUUCCCUGAACUUUGGAACCUGUUAUCUGACUUGUCCUGAGCCGAGAAUUAUGUCAGAUUGUUGCAUUUGUACAAUUGAGUGACAGUUGGGGCGAACGAACAACGAAGAAAAUUUCAGAUUGAAUGAGUACUAUGUCCGGUGAUCUUAAAUUUGAUCCCAAAAGUAAUGUCAUAUUAGAUCCGGAGGCUUUGGACGACAAGGAAUCCAUGCCGAACCAACUUGAUAUGAAAGAAUCUGUCGAUUUUGGAAAUGUUCAAGCAGACGAAAACAAAGUGACUGUGGAAAAAUGUUAUUUGUCGAUGCCCGAUGGUUACAAGGUGCAUGCCAGAUAUUGGAAGCCUCCAUUAUCCUAUGGAUUGAAGGCCUUGAUUUUCGUAAGCCAUGGCUUGGGUGAGCAUUUGGAGUGGUACAAUGAGCUGGGAAUGCUAUUGGCAGAGCAUGGAUACUUGGUUUUUGGACACGAUCACCUGGGUCAUGGUUUGAGUGAGGGCUCUCGUGGAUACAUACAGACUUUUGACACAUUGGUCUCCCAUGUCAUGUCUCAUGUGAGCCGGAUCAAAAUGGACAAUCAGGGAGUUCCUUGCUUCAUCUAUGGCCAUUCCAUGGGAGGCAAUGUGGCUUUAAGAGCCAUCCUUCAAAAUGGAGGAUUUUUCCGCGGCAUGGUGCUCGAGGGACCCCUUAUCAAGGUCAAUGACGAGACCAUUACUUUUCCCAAGUUCAUGUUGGCGCAACUCGCAAAUCUCAUUGUCCCUGAGUUCCCUACCGAGCAAAUACCCUUGGAUGCCGUGACUUCAGACUUGGAUACGCAACAGCAAUUGAGAGACGAUCCCUUGAGAUACAAUCAAGGAAUCAAGGUUGGCACUGCGCUGGCCAUGUUGGAAUCUCUGAAGAUCGUCGGGAGUGCCUUGUCGGAGAUUGAUAUUCCGUUCCUAACAAUGCAUGGCAAAUUGGACACGUUGUGUAUGCCACGAGGCUCCGAGGAUCUACACGCCCGUGCCAAGGCCCAAGAUAAGCAAAUCAUUAUGUUUCCCAAUGCCAAACAUCAUCUCAUCUUGGAGAUCGAGGACGUUCGAAAUCAAGCUGUGGCAGAAACUCUCAGCUGGUUGGAACAGAGGUGUAUUUGAAUUUUGAAUCCAAUUGAUUGACUAAGAGUGAGAUGUUGGAUCAUAUGACAGAGAUAAUGUAACAUGGUUUUGGGUUGGAGUCUA